CGCCUAGCGAUAAGAUCGACUAAUCACUUUUUAUUUUUGAUAACACGGAUGUAUGAAGUCAAUCAUUUGAAUUGUCUUGAUAAUCUAAUGUGGAAAAUCGAAUUCAUGAUUUUUGGAUUGAUAUAUAUUUGUUAGUCUUUCAUGUCAAUUUAUCGGAUUUUCCGGAGGUGUGUUUUAUUUUUUUUAUUGACUGCGCAGCCAGUUUCGGGAGGAAGAACCGGGAAGAACUAGCCAUUAGCUAGAAAUCUGUAUGAGAAACGUAGUCACAUAACGUCUUUAUUCCUGUUUUUAUUUCGGAGACCCUCCGAAACUAAAUCGUCAAGAUGUUCAACCGAAUGACAAGCCUUUGGAUGGGUGAUCUGGACCCAUACAUGGACGAGAAUUUCAUUAAGCAAGCCUUCAGCACAAUGGGGGAGACAGCGUAUGGUGUUAAGAUCAUUACUCACAGAGUAACAGGUGGUUCGGCAGGCUAUUGCUUUGUGGAAAUGGCAGAUGAAGCCAGCGUUGACCGGUGUGUUCACAGGCUGAAUGGGAAGCUAGUUCCAGGAUCAAAUCCGCCCAGAAAGUUUAAGUUAAACUAUGCAACGUACGGGAAACGGCCUGAAGCUGGUCCGGAAUAUUCAGUCUUUGUGGGAGAUUUGUCUUCAGAUGUGGACGACUUCCAACUCCAUCAGUUCUUCCUGAAGAAGUACCCUUCCUGCAAAGGAGGCAAAGUGGUUUCUGAUCAGUAUGGAAACUCCAGAGGUUAUGGCUUUAUCAAGUUUGGUGAUGAGAACGAACAGAAGAAAGCAAUCGAAGAGUGUCAGAAUGCCUCGGGCCUCGGGACGAAACCAAUCAGGAUCAGCAUAGCUGUGAACAAGAGCCAUAAAACGAACACCUAUCACAACCAGAACCACAACUCUUACCAAAACAAUUACCAGCAGCCGUACUAUCAACAGCCCAACCAGAACUACUACCCUCAGUGGGGCUAUGACCAGUACAAUAGCUACAACUACGGUGGCUACGGUCCCUAUGGGGGCUAUCCCCCUCCAGGCCCCCAUGGAAUGAUGGGCCCCCCUCCCCCCAUCGGAAUGCCUCCCAUGCCCACAGACAUGUAUACUUCCUCUGAGCAAACACAGGAGUCCACAGAUGAGCCAGAAGAAGAGGCAGCUGAAGAUCCCAGCCCUCAGCUGGAUGUGGAUUCACUGAACAGAGAGUACAUGGAGAGGAGUGAGGAGCUCUAUGAUUCGCUCAUGAAUUGUCACUGGCAGCCACUGGAUACCAUCACCUCCAAAAUCCCAACUUUUUCCAGUUCCUGAUGUGUUUUACACAUUUCCUUUGAAUUUAAUGACAUUUAUUUUCUCCAAAAGGGCAAAGUCACAAAACAACAGGGUUUUUAUUUUUUGUAAUUCUCUGUCUGUACAAGGCAUGUUUGAGCUGCAGUAUUUGGCAUUUGUAUAUAUUGUUCACAUCCUUCAGUCUUUUUUUAUUUUUUAUUGGAGGAAUGUUUUUUCAAUUAGCAUUUUUCCAGUAGUGCAUUUUUCUGUGCAAACACUGUGGAUUCUUCCAUUAAAUGUGUUUUAAGUUGAUUAAAUGAAGUAAUGCUCUUGGUCUCCCUGACAUUAUUUGUGUGUUUUACACUUUUGCAUACUAUUGUCUUCAGGCAGAAACAUAUUUUUCAACAGCUACUGUAAUAUCUUUAGCUUUAGAUCUUUCUUAAAAUAAAGUACAUUCACCUGUCGUUGCCAUUAAA